AUGCCACGCGAGGCAACUGAUAUCGAGGAAGGCACGCAGGUGUAUCGCCCGGAAGGAUUUCACCCAGUGUACAUCGGCGAUGUGUUUAAAGACCGGUACAAAGUACUCAACAAGAUCGGAUACGGUGUCUAUUCGACAGUCUGGCUGGUUAGAGACCUAGAGCCGGCACAAUCUGGCCUUGAAAAUCAGUUCCGAGCUCUCAAAGUGCUUAGUGCCGAUUCCUAUGAGGGCACGAAUUCCCCUAUUUUUGAGCGAGAGAUCCUGACCCAUCUCCGAGACGGAGACCGUGACCAGAUCGGGUACGACUACGUCUGUCAUCUGCUUGAUGACUUUGAGCAUCGUGGACCUAAUGGAACGCACGUCUGCCUUGUUUUUGAACUGAUGGGCGAGACGUUGCGGAGCUUCGGAGCCUGGUUUGCUGAAAGCAGGCUUCCGAACUCGGUGAUGCGGAGGUUCACCAUCCAACUUUUGCUGGUUCUCGAUUUUGCCCACGAACAUAAUGUUAUUCAUACUGAUAUCAAACCAGAUAACAUUUUUGUCAAGUUCAGGGACCAUUCCUUGAUAGAAUCCGGUUAUCUGACCGACGUUGCGAUUCCCCAACAGGAUCGGUUUGAGGAACAGUACUCCGUCGUGCCCUCAACACCCUUGCGCCAGUACUACUUCAAUGAUGCCGACAGUAGGCGCGUUGACGAGUUCGACAUUGCACUGGGGGACUGGGGCGUCUCCAGCUGGGCGAACCGGCAUUUAAGCGAAACGAUUCAGCCCGUUGCCCUCCGUUCACCGGAAGUCCUGAUCCAGGCGCCGUGGGACGCGAGCACCGAUUUCUGGAACCUGGGGGCCGUCGUGCUGGAAAUCUUUCAGGCGGUUCGCAUGUUUAGCGGAUCAGUCCCGCCGGACGGCCAUUAUGAGCUCAAAGAGCACCUUGCGGAGAUUGUGGACUUGUUUGGGCCGUUUCCUAAUGAGCUGCUGGCGAAAUGGGAUCAAAACCUGGUUCGGGACGUCUUUGGUGACGAUGGUCGGAUCAAGGACGCGCCGCCAAUGAAUCGGCCUGGGCUGGCGUCGGAAGCCUUCAUGCCAGGCCUCGACCAAGAGCUCAGGGAUAUGUUUGCCUCCUUUCUGCACGCGAUGAUGAAGAUAAAUCCCGCCGAUCGGGUUUCAGCGGAGGACCUCUUACGACACCCCUGGUUAGAUGCACUUUAG